AUUACAUAUUCCAUUCUUGUUUACUGCAUCGAUCGUCUAGCUCGAGACACCGUGUGUGCAAAUGGCGUCGCUCGCUGUGCUCCUCCUGAUCCUUUCUGCAGCUCGGGCCUCCAAUGCUGCCGCCGUCCGCGUCGGGCUGACGCGCAUCCACUCCAACCCCGAUGUCUCCGCCACAGAGUUCGUGCGUGACGCCCUGCGCCGGGACAUGCACAGGCACGCCCGGUUCGCCCGGGAGCUCGCGUCUUCGGGCGGCCGCACCGUCGCCGCGUCAACCCGGAAGGACCUGCCGAACGGCGGGGACUACAUCAUGACGCUGUCCAUCGGCACGCCGCCACUGUCCUACCCGGCCAUCGCCGACACGGGCAGCGACCUCAUCUGGACGCAGUGCGCGCCCUGCGGCAGCCAGUGCUUCAAGCAGGCCGGGCAGCUGUACAACCCAUCCAGCUCCACCACCUUCGGCGUGCUCCCCUGCAACAGCUCCGUGAGCAUGUGCGCCGCGCUGGCUGGGCCGAGCCCGCCGCCUGGGUGCUCCUGCAUGUACAACCAGACGUACGGCACAGGGUGGACGGCGGGCAUCCAGAGCGUGGAGACGUUCACGUUCGGCUCCACGCCCGCGGACCAGACCCGCGUCCCCGGCAUCGCCUUCGGCUGCAGCAACGCCAGCAGCGACGACUGGAACGGCUCAGCCGGCCUCGUCGGGCUGGGCAGGGGAAGCAUGUCGCUCGUCUCGCAGCUCGGCGCCGGCAUGUUCUCGUACUGCCUCACGCGAUUCCAGGACUCCAACAGCACGAGCACGCUCCUCCUGGGGCCGUCGGCAGCGCUCAACGGCACCGGGGUUCGUACGACGCCGUUCGUGGCCAGCCCAUCGAAGGCGCCCAUGAGCACGUACUACUACCUGAACCUGACGGGCAUAUCGGUCGGCACGACGGCGCUGUCCAUCCCUCCCAACGCGUUCGCCCUGAGGACCGACGGCACCGGCGGGCUCAUCGUCGACUCCGGCACGACGAUCACGUCGCUCAUCGACGCGGCGUACCAGCAAGUCCGUGCCGCGAUUGAGUCCCUAGUGACGCUGCCGGUGGCCGACGGGUCGGACUCCACGGGGCUGGACCUGUGCUUCGCGCUGACGUCCGAGACGUCGACGCCGCCGACCAUGCCGAGCAUGACGCUCCACUUCGACGGCGCGGACAUGGUGCUGCCGGUGGAGAACUACAUGAUCUUGGGCUCCAGGGUGUGGUGCCUGGCAAUGCGGAACCAGACUGUUGGCGCAAUGAGCACGCUCGGCAACUACCAGCAGCAGAACGUUCACCUACUCUACGACAUCCACAAGGAGACGCUGUCGUUCGCUCCGGCCAAAUGCAGCACGCUCUGAAGACAAAUGUUCUAAUAUAUGUGUACAUGCAUGUCUGGCUUCCUAGGUGUUUUUCACAGUUUUGUAUAGUUUCGAUUCUUUAUUCUUUUUUUUUCCGUUGAGUUCAGAUUGUAAAUUGUAUGCUUAACAUUUAUUUGCGGGGAGGCUGCCUAGUGCCCGCCCG